AUGAUCCCUGAAGAAGAAGCUGAGUCGCCGCUUCAACCCCUUCCACCGGCACCAUGUGAGUCAUUUUUAUCCCUCCCAAACGAAAUCGCUUUGAACUGCAUCGCACGUAUCUCUAAAAUGUAUUACCCUUCGCUCUCCCUUGUCUCCAAGACCUUUCGUUCUCUCAUCUCUUCUCCAGAGCUCUAUGCCGAGCGAUCUCGAUUAGUAACCACCGAGAGUUGCCUCUAUAUCUGUCUACGGUCUACCACCGUACCCUUCAAUCCACGUUGGUUCAGUCUCUGGGUCAAACCUAAUCGAAAUCUAACCGAUGGUAGGAUCAAGGAGAAAUCAAGUGGAAAUCUCUUUGUUCCUUUAUCCGAUCCUUUUCCUCCAUAUUCAAAUUCAACAGUAGUGGUCGGUUCGGAGAUAUACGUGAUCGGUGCACCCAUGUACGAUAACAACUUUGAACCGUCCUCAGUUGUUCGGGUGUAUGACUGCCGGAGUCACACGUGGCGGGAUGUCCCUAACAUGACGAGGGAGAGGAGAAACGCGUUUGCAUGCGUUCUUGAUGACAAGAUUUACGUGAUAGGAGGUUGUACUUGUUACGACAAGUACUCAAGUUGGUUCGAAAUGUUUGAUAUAGAGACUCAAACUUGGAGAAACCUACCGACGAUUCCUGACAUUGACGUAAGGUUAGCAUAUAACUGGAGUAUCGAUGCCGUGGAAGGAAAGAUAUAUGUAAAGGACUGUCGUCGUCAAGGUUGGAUCUAUAAUGUGCUUGAAGGUAGAUGGACUGUUGCAGAGAGGAGGAGCUUUACACAUCGGUGGUUAAAAUAUUGGUGCGUGAUAGAUGAUGUGAUAUAUUGUUACUCAUACAUUGGAUACAUAUGGUAUAAUGUAGAGUCUAGAAAGUGGACAGGUGUGAACGGUUUGGGAGCAUUUAUGAAGUUCUGUUGUACUCAGGGUACUAGUAAUACUUUUGCUCAGAAUAUGGUUGGAUUAGUUAACUAUGGUGGAAAACUCGCAGUUCUUUGGUAUAUGUCUGUUGGUGAAAAGAAGAAUAUUUGGUGUGCGGUGAUUACGCUGGAAAAAUGCCAUAAUGGAAGGGAGAUCUCCGGGAAGAUUGAGUGGGUCGAUGUGGUGCUUACGGUCCCUAACUCGGAUGAUGACUUGCGUUGUUUAGCCAUUUCGAUUUGA